AUGGAGGAGAGGAGUGAGGAAUCAUUGACGUUCUCUGUCAGGGUCUUCGCUCUGCAGGAGGAGGUGAGGGCCGAGGAGGAGAACAUGGAGACACGUGAGGAGGAGGUGCAGGUCCAGGAAGGGAUGAACAGCGAGCAGCAGGUCAGUGUUUGCAGACAGAGAGCAGAGCAGGAGCUCACACUGCUCCUCACCACAGGACUGGAGACUCAGCUGCUCACUGUGCAGGAUGCCAACAGAGCAUCAGUCUUCCAGUUUACUGUUUCCAAGGAGAUGGACUGCUGCCAGGUCGGACAGCAGUCCUUCCUGGUCUCCUUUGGCAAGUUGAGUUUUCUGCUGCAGUUCAGAACUCCUGCUGAUCUGAAGAACUUCCAGCAGUUACUGAAGAGAGGGGAUGAUGAAGAGACUAAGAAAGGUUGCACAGAAAGAGAUGAGAAGGAAAACAGAGAUUCAGAGAGAGGCAAAACACCUUCUAGGAGACAUCCCACUAUGUUUGAAUCAAGGACUGAAAAUGCCCCUACACUGGGUACCUACCAGUUCCACAGCUGUCUGUCCCAGCAGCAGUCUCUGCUUCAAGACUACCUGAGGAUCACCACCUACCAGAGAGCCAUUUUAAACAAUGAGACCGACUUCAGAGACAAGGUGGUUCUGGAUAUAUGUUGUGGUUCUGGUAUUCUGUCCUUCUUUGCAGUCCAGGCAGGAGCCACCAGAGUGUAUGCUGUUGAGGCCAGCCCCAUGGCCAAGUUUACACAGAUCCUGGUCCAGUGUAAUUGUCUGUCUGAGCAGAUCAGGGUCCUAGAAGGGGAGGUGGAGGAGGUCAGCUGUCCUGAUAUGGUGGAUGUCAUUGUCUCUGAGCCAAUGGGAUACAUGCUGCUCAGUGACGGACUCAUGGAGAGAUUCUUGCAUGCCAGGAAAUGGCUCAAGCCCAACGGUCUGAUGUUUCCCUCCUAUGGUGAUAUUCAUCUGGCUCCCUUCAGUGACGAGCAGCUCUACUUUGAACACUACGCACGAGCUAACACAUGUUCCCAGUGUUCGACCUCAGAUCUGCAAGGAGGAAUGGCAGAGGAUACCCAAAUCCAGAUGUCAACAGUGUGGCUCUCCACAGCUCCCACUGAGCCUCUGACCCGCUGGUAUCAGGUCAGGUGUUUGCUUCAGACGCCGCUCUUCGCCAAGCUGGGACAAACUCUGUCUGGGACUGUCCUGCUGAUCGCUAACAGCAGGCAGAGCUAUGACAUCCACAUCACAGCCACAGUCGACCAAUCAGGCUUCAGAUCUGGAAACAUCCUGGACCUCAAAAACCCAUUCUUCAGGUUACUCCUUUUUUUUUUUGCUCUCAUACAUUUAACACUAAAAGUAUUUUUUUUUUUCUACAUAUAAAAAAGUAAUAACAAUUUUUUAUUUUAGUGGACAUCGGGUUAUUAUUCCCCACAAAAAUUGAGGCAUGAUUUGGUGAUGAUAAGACAAUACUAUAUUAUAUAUAAUUUUACUCUCACUCAUUUCAUGACUAUUGGAAACAAAUAAAACAAAUGUUAAAACCUGCUCUGCUGCCUGGCUCUCUUCCUCUCAUCUGCUUUUUUUUAAAAAGCAAAACUGUCACUCACUGCUCUGUUUGUAUCUAGAAAACCGUUGAAA